AUGUCGGACGGAGAAGAGCCCACGGUCCCCGAGGAGGAGGUCCCCGCAGCUGAGGAGGUUGAGGUCGCGGCCGACAGCUCCGGCAAAGCAGGCGGCAUGAGCGUGCUCGAUGCACUGAAGGGCGUCCUCAAAAUCGCCCUCAUCCACGACGGUCUGGCCCGAGGUCUCCGCGAAGCAAGCAAAGCACUCGAUCGUCGCCAGGCUCACAUGUGCGUGCUCAACGAGGCCUGUGAGGAGGAGGCAUACAAGAAGCUGGUCGUGGCGCUGUGUGGAGAGCACAAGAUUCCGCUCAUCAAGGUGCCGGACGGGAAGCAACUGGGCGAGUGGGCUGGGUUGUGCCAAAUCGACCGCGAAGGCAACGCCCGCAAAGUCGUCAACUGCUCGUGCGUCGUCGUCAAGGACUGGGGUGAGGAGUCACAAGAGCGCUCGAUCCUACUCAACUACUUCCAGACCGAGCAGUAG